UCAAAAGCAAAAUGACAGAAGUACAAUUUUGACAAUGAACCAAAGCAUGUAAAUUUUAAAUUUUCGUAUCAUUAAAAAAAAAAACAAUACAAAAAUGCCGAAAUUUUAUCCGGAUAUUGGCAGUGUUCCGGAGACUCAAGAGAUUUCGCCCGGUGUUACGUGUGAGGGCUCCAUGUUUCGCUUGAUGUUUGUCUUAUCAUGACCGAUCUGAAAACUACUCCUUCAGAAGAAAAUACAUUAUUGACUAAAGGAUAUAAACUAACAAAAUUUGUUGGCGAAGGUGCAUACGCGAAGGUAUAUUUAACUGAAUAUUCUAGUAAAGAAGAUUCACAUAAAUCAACGCUUGCUUGUAAAAUUAUUGAAACGGCAAAGGCCCCAAAAGAUUUUGUUGUAAAAUUUUUGCCACGCGAAAUAGAUGUGCUCGUGCGCUUGAAUCAUCCGCAUCUGAUUCACGUGCAUAGCAUAUUUCAGAGGAAAACAAAAUACUAUAUUUUCAUGAGGUACACGGAAAAUGGUGAUUUACUGAGUUAUAUACUAAAAAACGGGUGCGUGUCUGAAAAUCAAGCUCGCGUCUGGACUCGACAACUUGCAUUGGGACUACAAUACUUGCACGAGUUAGAAAUCGCUCACAGAGACAUCAAAUGCGAGAACGUACUGUUGACGGCGAAUUUUAACGUGAAAUUAUCUGAUUUUGGCUUUUCCCGUUUCUGUGUUGAAAGCGACAAUCAGCCUGUCUUAAGCGAAACUUAUUGCGGUUCUAUGUCAUACGCUGCACCAGAAAUACUACGCGGAAAACCGUAUUGCCCGAAGCCAACGGAUUUAUGGUCCUUAGGCGUCGUACUAUUUGUAAUGCUGAACAAAUCAAUGCCAUUUGACGACACGCGUAUGAGAAAACUUUAUGAACAGCAAAUGGGAAAGAAAUAUCGCUUUAGAUCGCGCGUAGCUAGUAUACUCUCGCUCGAAUGUAAGACUGUUGUAAAGCAUUUGUUAGAACCGGAUCCAGGACUCCGACAUUCCGCUACCAAUGUUCUCGACUCUGAAUGGAUUGCUAUGGAUAGUAGAUUAACCACUUUAAACGCUGUUGAAGCUGCUGCCUUAAAACGUGCCAAAGAAGAUCGUCGAAAAUUAUCGGAUGUCCACAAACAUCCUCCAAAGAGACAAGGGGAUAUAUUAGAAGGACCGACUCGUGAGUCCGCUUUCAGAGCCAGUGAGAUGAUGAAAUCGCUUGCUAACGUUACAUCAAAAUAUAAAAAACAAGAGUAGAUGGAGUCUAAAGCGAAGUAUCAUCAUAUUGAAGAAGAAUUAAAAUUGACCUGCUCAGAACAAUUGACUCUUGCUUCAAGAGGUUACAAAAUCAUCAAAAAAGUCAAUGAAGGAUCUUAUGCAAAGGCGGACUUAAUGCCAUGGGCAUUCUCUUCCAGUCGACCAUAGGGUGGACCAUAGGGUAAUUACCCGAAAACAUAUAAUUUACGUAUACUUAGCGGAGUACAGAAAUGCCAGUAAAAACGAUAAGC